AUGAUUCCCUCUCCGCUUGUGAGACAUAAGACCAUCUCUGCACAAACCUUCAGCCACCAGCCACUAGCCCAUCAUCAUGAUCCAGGGGCGGCGCAAAUCAUAACAAUACCAUGCAAGAGAAUCGGGCCAAGUUCGCUUCAAAGUCAUCUCGAACAAUGGUAUGGUCCAGGGAAUUACUCUGUUGAGAUUGAACAAAAUCUUUACAUUAUCCACGCCAAUUCAUCUAUUAUGCCUUAUAGCUUCUAG